CCCAUCAUACAAACAGUUCAUGGAGUACAGAAGCUCGAAAUCAAAAGAACGACAGUCUUUUAACUAUGGGCCAAAAGGAAGAUAUAGGCCUAAAGAAAGAAAACACGUCCAGAUAAACGUAGGAUUGAUGGUGCCAAGUGGAACUGAUUUAAAACCUCUAAGAGGGAAAACACUACCGUUAUUUACAGACCCAGAGGUAGCAGCACCUGAUCUACUGAAACAAGCUGUCCAGAAAAUGACAACAUUUAACAAGGACAUGCACGAAGGACCUUAUGUCCUUUUGUAUCGAGACUGCUCAGAGGUGGUUCAUGUGCCUGGGUCAGAAAGGCCAUUCAAAUUGGCAGAAUAUAAAAAGGAAAUAGGAAAGGCAUAUUCCAGGAUCACUUUUUUCAUUUGCCUAGAAAAACACUAUAAAAGAGUGGAUGAUACCUCAGACUCUGAUUCUGAAAUUGUCAUCACAACAAGGAGCACAGCUGAACUCAAUCGUGCUGACACUUUGGUUUUUGAACCACAAAAUCGAAGUACUCCCAAACACAAGCUGGACGAUGAAAGGGAGGAGACGGACAUUGCAUUACCUGACAUCGUAGCAAACCUGUCUCUUCCUAUUGAUCAUAAAAAAGUCAGCCGGUUUAACAUCUCAAGGGCUAAUGUUUGGGAUGGGGCAGUCAGAGGUUUCAAGCGUACAACAUAUUCUGAAACCUGUGACAUGCUGGUAAAAUUUACUGAUGAUACUGGUGUUCUGGAAGAGGGAAUUGACACUGGUGGUCCAAGACGAGAGUUUUUAACUCUACUGAUGAAACACCUAAAAGACCGGCCCAUUUUUGAUGGACCAGAAGGACAUCGGUUCUUGGUCUACAAUGCAAAGGCUGUUAGGGAGGAUGAAUACUACUUGGCAGGAAAGAUGAUUGCUGUGUCAGUUGUGCAUGGAGGUCCAGGACCCCAUUUCCUGUCAGAAGAUCUUGUACAUUAUCUUGCAGGCCAGCCUUCAUUCAAAGCAACAAAUAAUUUAAUAACUGAUGAAGAAAUAGGGAAAGCUUUGCAAGAGAUUGAGAAUGCUGCUUCAUUGGAUGCUUUGCAAGAAUGUAUGAUGAGACACAGCACAAUGUUACAGACAGCAGGUUGUCUGAGACAUGUGGCUACUGUGGAAGAAAAGAAAGAAAUCGUGUCAGACUACCUCCAAUGGUAUAUCAUUGACCGCAACUCAUCUGUAAUUGACAGAUUCAGAGAUGGUCUUUCAACCCUGGAGUUUUUGACUGCACUACAGCAACACCCUACUUUGCUGGCCCCUGUCAUGUGCCACUCUGAAAGGCAACUCACUGCUUUUGAACUUGAGAGACUCUUCAAACCUGACCUCAGUCCUUCGGGGAGUAAUCGAAGACUUAAAGAAAGUCAAACCAUGGCCUACUGGGCAGACUAUCUCCUUGAUUGUGAAGAAGGCCAGGCUGCUGUGUCUGUGGAAGAUGUUUUGAUGUUUGCUACUGGGCUGUCUUCACUUCCCCCAUCUGGCUUGGAACCACUGCCACAAAUAGAGUUCCUGGAGGACUCUGCGUUCCCAAUGGCAAAUACAUGUUCAAACUCCUUGAGAUUACCACUCCUAGACUCAUACACUUUGUUUAAGUCACAAAUGGACUUUGGAAUUCAAAAUAGUCCAGGAUUCGGCUGUUUCUAAGCUAUAUGAUGGAUGACCCCUAGAGUUAAGACUCUGAAAAAGUUGUUGUUGUUAAAGGUUAGGGUUGGGCAUCAUUUAGAUUUUAACGAUUCUGAUUCCAAUUCCGAUUCUUCCUUUUGAUUCCGGUUCUUAUCGAUUCUCGAUUCCGAUUCUUUGAGUGGUGGAGUUGAAACGGGUCACAUGCUUAUUUCACAAAUAAGAGGAAAGUUUUAUUUUGAUUCAAAGGUGGGUUGCAGUUUGACGGGGCUUUUUCAAUGUAA